CGCUUUCACCGCCCACUGGUCAGCGCCUGAUACAUAACCUCGCGCGGCUGCCUGCAUUUCUUAAGGGACCUCGCCAUCCACCUACCUCAACAUCAACCUCAGCCACCUCGACUUGUAUUACCAAUGGCACCAUCCACACGCCUGGGAGUGGGCACGCGAUUAAGCGCGCGGCCUGGGCGCCGCAUGGACCCUCGUCAGGUCAUGACCACGGUUCGACCUGGCUCAGCCCGCGACCCCAUCGUCCUCGAAGACACGUCACUACUAGAAGCAUCAGCUGCACAUCCUACGAAACCCAGAGAGAAGGCUACCACCGGACCUGCCCGAGAUGCUCGAGGGCGCUUCAUCAAGUCGGAGGUCUCUUCGAAGUCGAAGGCAGGCCGCAAGAAGGUUGCGAAGACCAUACUACCGCCGAAGCCGGAAAAGCAGGCUCGCCCUUCGAAAACCGAAUGCAUCAUCUGCGCUACUGAGAAGCCCGCUAAGCGCAGCUUCACGGCAUCUGACAUGGAGGCAGACUGCCAACACUUCGAACAGGUAUGCAAUAUUUGCAUCCAGAGGCAGAUCAAGACGAAAGUGUCGGCGCGCGAGCUCACCGAAGCCCAUCUACCUUGUAUGUUUCCACAAUGUGAGGCUGUUCUCGACCACACCGCACUGAAGAAGAUCUUGCCCAAGGCCCUCUUUGAGACAUGGGAUACAGCUGUCACAAAGUUUACUCUCGCUGCUGAUGCAGCAUACAUCGCAUGCCUCAACCCGGCGUGCGGCAUCUACUUCUCCGCCGAAGAUUGUGGCAGUAAGCACAAGUUCAGCAGCAAGUCCAAGUCCAAGUCCAAACAAAAGGAGACCGACAUCGACAAGGCAGCCUGCCCAUACUGCGAGCACGAGAUCUGUCUAUCCUGCAACCGUCCCUGGCACUCCGGCUCCUGCAACAGCGUAAAGCGGCGCGAGGACCAGCAGUCCGAGAGGACAAUCAAGCGGCUCGGCGCAAAGCCGUGCCCCAAGUGCGGCGUCAACAUCCAGAAGAAUGGCGGUUGCGAUCACAUGAAGUGCAAACGCUGCCGCCACAACUUCUGCUGGGAGUGCCUGGGACUAUACAACGGCAGCCCCGACAUCCACGCAAAAACCUGCUCCCACCACCGCCCCAUGAUCGCGCACGACCUGGGCAACUUCGUCGCCGACAACCUGACCGUCGCCCAGAUCAACGCACUCAUCGAGCGCGCCCGCCAAGACCGCGAGGCUGGUCGCGCGCCGCAGCCAAAUCUCCGGCUUGCCCCUGGCGUCCAGCUCGUCAACGGCGCUGCCGUGCGGCCUAACCCAGCUGUGAACGCUGCACGUCAACCGGGCGUCUUCGGGGCCUUCAUUCGCGAUGCUCGUGCCGAUGUUGCCGAUGGUGCGGGUGAGUAGGACUCCGACUAAAGGCCGGCACAGAUGCGGCUCUGACUUUGUUUCCACAACCGCACAUCUUUUGACUCCCGCCACUACCACCUGGGAAUUUUGAGCAGAUGCUUCACGACUUCCUGGUCGACCCCCGCUGGCCAUUCGGUAAGACUG